AUGAUGCCGGAGAAGGAGCAAUUGGGUCUUGAUUCAGAGAUGAAGCGCUACAGAAAUGGCGAAACCUGGGAAUUUGAGGAUGACAUUGACGAUACAUCUGUUUCUGUCUCGGAUGGUGUUUUGUUGGGGUUGGACGGUGGAACAACAUCCACUAUUUGCAUUUGUAUGCAAAUGGUUUAUUUUUCGCAUUCUCAGCUUCAAUCUCUUCCUGUCCUUUCAAGGGCUGUUGCUGGUUGCUCUAAUCAUAAUAGUGUUGGAGAAAUUGCUGCAAGGGAAACAUUAGAGCAAGUUAUGGCAGAUGCUCUUUCAAAGUGUGGUUCAAAACGAUCUUCCGUACGAGCUGUUUGUUUGGCUGUUUCUGGUGUUAACCAUCCUACGGAUCAACAAAGAAUUCUCAGUUGGCUUAGGGAUAUAUUUCCAAGCAAUGUGAGGUUAUAUGUUCAGAAUGAUGCUGUUGCUGCACUUGCAAGCGGAACAAUGGGUAAACUUCGUGGAUGCGUGUUAAUUGCUGGCACAGGAACCAUUGCAUAUGGAUUUACAGAAGAUGGAAAAGAAGCAAGAGCUGCAGGAGCAGGACCUGUCUUAGGUGACUGGGGCAGUGGAUAUGGUAUAUCUGCACAGGCAUUAACUGCGGUAAUAAGAGCACAUGACGGUCGCGGUCCAAGUACAACGCUGACAACUAGUAUUUUACAAACGCUUGGUCUUUCUUCUGCAGAAGAAUUGAUUGGGUGGACCUACGCAGAUCCAUCAUGGGCCCGCAUUGCAGCGCUUGUUCCAGUUGUAGUAUCCUGUGCCGAGGCCGGUGAUGAGGUUGCAAAUAAGAUCUUACUAGAAUCUGCACAAGAACUUGCUUCAAGUGUUAAAGCUGUUGUAGGGAGACUUGGAUUGUGCGGUCAAGAUGGAAAGGAUGCUUUUCCUCUUGUCAUGGUCGGCGGUGUUCUUGAAGCAAAUACACGGUGGGAUGUAGGGAAAGAAGUAAUGAAAUGCAUUUCCAAAUACUUUCCUGGGGUGGUUCCCAUUAGACCUAAGGUGGAGCCUGCUGUUGGGGCAGCAUGGUUAGCUUGGAAUUUUUUCAUGAAAGAAUAUAACAAGGAAUUAUGCAGCAGCUGA